CACAAUAAGUGACAACCUCAACCACUGGGAGAAGUUUUACUUCAGUACCAACUCAACAGUCAAUUUAACAGUGUCCAUUGACGCAUUUUCUGCAAAAUAAGAAAAUCAGAAGGGAUUAUAACUUUCUUUUUCAAAAUGUCCCGACUUUUCAUUUUAGCCGCAUUGUUGGUCAUCACGGCCGUCGCUCUGGAUGUUGUCCCUCGUCCAAAGAAUUGCGCCGUGGGAACGACAUACCCGAAAGAUUGCAACACUUGUACUUGCGGUGCAACAAUUGCUGCGGACAAAUGCAGCAAGUUCGACUGCGAUAAAGUCAAGGCAUCAACAACUCCAAGAACACCAAGCUCAAGCCGACCAGGCAUCUGUCCCACCAAAGUUACCCCCAGACCAGGAAUUGACGAUUGCUCCAAGCGAAAUCAAACCUCAAUCUGCAAAGUUGACGUUGACUGUCCCGGGGCUAAGAAAUGUUGUGAAAAUGGUUGCAAAGUGUUCCUCUGCAGAAACGCUAUUUAUCCCAACACUCCGUAAUUGAGUUCGACAUUUUUAAUGACGGUUUUUAAUCGUUGAAUUGAUUUUAUUCUUUUUCAUUCAUGUAAGACUUUAAGGCGAAUAAAUUGCACUGUGUAACACAAUGAA